AUGAUGGUGACGGUGCGCCGCGUUGUGUGGGUGUUGGCCGCUGCUCUGUGCUGCACGGCCUUGUGCGUGACGGCUACUGCCACUGAGGAGCCCAGUACUGGGACGGAGGCGAUCACGGAAUCUGGCCAGAGUGAGACCGUGCCCGCAAUCGACCCGGUCAGUAAGAAAAAAGGGACAAUGACGCUGCACGACUUCUUAAAGAAGUCAUUCUACGGUCAUGGCCCGGAGUUCCGCGACUAUGGGGCUCGGGACCGGAUGAAGCCGCUGUACUACUACCGCCGCGAGAAACCCAAUGCGACAAAGCUAAGCGCUGACGAUGCCAGGUAUGUAUUAAAAAAGUCAUCCCUCGUCGUGAGAAUGGCGCAGAAGGGAAAGGAGGAGAUGGAGAAGGCAGUGAAGAGUGUGAUCGGUGCUGCGGAGGCUGCAGAGAAAGCCCUGAAUGCUUCAACACUUGCCUUUACAACAGCGUUGGAAUCGGUGAAUAAAAUGGUUCCGCUGUAUGAUGCAGUGAAGGCAAGGAGAGGCCGAGGAAAGACGGUUCAGCCGGAAACCGAUUUGAAGAAGAAUGCUACAAAGGCUUUUGAAGACAUCAAUAAUAUGUUCGAUCUGUUUGGUCGUGCCAUUACUGAUUGCUCUGAUGCAGCAAGCAAAACGAAGACAGCAGCGCAUGCCCCAAAUGCUGGCAUUGCGCAGGUUACACUGACGUUGGGUAACGUCACGGAGUUAAAGAAGAGGUUCGGGGCGUCUCACGACGAAGCUGCCGCCGCCGAAGACCACGCUCAGCACGCCAUCAAGAGGGCAAAACUUGUUCUUAACCCUGCGUUGCGAGCAAGCGACGCCGCCGUUGUAGCGAAGGACUACCUUGGCGAGGCAGUGAGAUACUUGAAGUCUGCAUAUGCGGAGAAGUCCGCCGCAGUGCUCACCGGGCAUACACGGAACGCCAAACUUCCUGCAGCGAAUGCGAUGCACAAGACACUGCUCCGUAUGAAGAGGGCAGGAGAAGAAGCUCGUAAGGCCAUGGCAGAGGCACAGAAGACAUAUGAUGAAGCUAUGGAAUCCUUAAUGGAGGCAUGGGCAGCGGAGAUGUUUGCCGGGGGGGUGAAGGAGUACGCUGAGGCUGUCCAAAAAGACGCUGUGAAAGAAAUGAAGGAUAAAAAUCUGAUUAACGAGGUGCCAGUUGAGCUUCGGGUCGCGAAAGCCAAGCCGUUGCCUACCCAGGAGACAGUACGUGCUGAGGGAGCCGGUUCUCGCGGAACUUCUGGACAUGCUGUUGACACUCCUUCUGCUUCUGCUCCUAAUUCAUCUGUGAGAG